GCUGACAUUCUUCGGGAGACGUUAUCGCUCCCUCCGCCUGCGCCUGGCCGCUCUAGGAAGGGGUGCCAGCCAUCGCGGGGGUGCCUUGAUGCUGUUCCACCUUUGUCUAGUUUAUUUCAAUUUAAUGGUUAUGUAACGACUGUCCGUCUCCGCUACCAACCCGUGCACCGCGCCCCGCCCCAGGUCGCCAGCGCCACGCACUGGAGACUGGCGGCAUGGCCGGCCCAAAGUGCGCAGGCGCACUAGCCCCGGCGGUGCUUCCGUGUCUGCGCCCUGAGACCUUUUUGGCGCCGGCCCCGGCGUGAACGGGGACGGCGGCCGGGAGGGCGCGGUCCAGGUUCCCGUUCCCCGCGAAGCCAUGCGGUACAACGAGAAGGAGCUGCAGGCGCUGUCCCGGCAGCCGGCCGAGAUGGCGGCCGAGCUGGGCAUGAGGGGCCCCAAGAAGGGCAGCGUGCUGAAGCGGCGGCUGGUGAAGCUAGUGGUGAAUUUCCUCUUCUACUUCCGGACAGACGAGGCCGAGCCCGUCGGAGCCCUGCUGCUGGAGCGCUGCAGAGUCAUCCGGGAAGAGCCUGGCGCCUUCUCCAUCAGCUUCAUCGAGGACCCUGAGAGGAAGUACCACUUUGAGUGCAGCAGCGAGGAGCAGUGUCAGGAGUGGAUGGAGGCUCUGCGUCGGGCCAGCUACGAGUUCAUGCGGCGAAGCCUCGUCUUCUACAGGAACGAAAUCCGGAAGGUGACAGGCAAGGACCCCCUGGAGCAGUUCGGCAUAUCCGAGGAGGCCAGGUUCCAGCUGAGUGGCUUGCAGGCAUGAGCGCAGGGCAUGGCGGUCAGCGUGCAGCUGGACAGGACUGGCCCUGCCCAGCCGUGAGUCGCUUGGCCAUGCCUGGAUUUUGUUUGGUUUUUGGUUUUUGGAUCAGGGUCUUACUGUGUUGCCCAGGCUAGAGUGCAGUGGUGCCACAGCUCACUGUGACCUUGACCUUCUGGACUCACGUGAUCCUCCUGCCUCAGCUUCCCAAGUCGCUGGGGUCACAGGCAUGAGCCGUCACACCCAGCCAUCACACCUGGAUUUCGGUGGGAGGUUUUUGGUUUGGAGACAUCCAAAGCCUGAAGCCAGCUGGGUGUGGGCAGGGGCUGCAUUUUGUGAAACUGCCCAGCAAGCUGCCCUCUCCGGGGCCCCAGGACCCACCUGACUGGCCUGGCACCUGGUGCCAAGUGCUGCUGCAGGAUACACGCCCUCCCACGGGUGCCCCGCCUGAGUUGUGUGCAUCCAGGACCUCGCGAGCCCCUGGGCUGGUGGCGUGGCGCCCUGCCCCCGCUGAUGAAUGUACAGAGCCAGACAAAGCUGUGAAUGGCAUGGGGGCCGAGCCCCCACCAGCUGUGAAUUCUCCUGCAGACAGGAGGGCCCUGGUUGUGCGCCUGGGGAAGUGGUUGCCCUGGGGUCAGGGUGCUUGUCAUGUUCAAAUAAAGGUACCUCUUUUCCACACU